AAACAUAAACAACAAAAAUGCUUUAAAUGUUUGAAUUUAAAUUUAAUUAAUUAACAUCGUCAAAAUGCUGGACAAAUUUAAUAAACCUUCUAAAAAGACUUCAAAUGAAAUUAAUUCACCAGCUCACAAAAGGAUCCGCCGCGAUAGCCGUACCCGUACCCCCCAAACAAAUCCAAGACAAACAAUUGAACCAUUUUCAUGGCCCGACAGCGACGAGGAUAGUUUCCUUUCCGAUAUUAAACUCUCAAACGAACUAAACCAGUCCAAAACACAAGAAUUAUUCACCAACGAUGGUCACGAUAGCCUAUUUUCUGACAUCAAUACCCAAGCCAUUGCCGCGGGCCCAUCGUCGAUAAACAACAAUAACAAUGAAACUUUAGUUGAAUUCAAUGAUAGCCUCUUCAAGGACAUCGAACCACCAUGCAAUGCCUUUAGACAGUCUGAGGACCUUAUGAAAUACUUCGAUGAUGAUCUUAUAGACGAUUUGAAAGUACAAAAUACCCAAAAGUUUUUAGAUGACAUCGCCUUCAAAGUGCCCAAAACAACAGUGUCCAUGGGUGCAGGAACUACCACCAAUAAAACUCUAUCGAGUUCCAUGAUCAAUCAUUUUGAAAUGACCAAUUUUAUGCAAGGCACACAAUACGAGACUCGAGAGGAGAUCAAAAAUCGAACCAUUGGAUCAAAUGUCAGUUUAUUUCGUCAAGAUGAUCAACAUCAGCUGUCGGCCAUCAACUGGGAAACUCAGGUUUUCAAUGAAGAUCCAGUUGUCGAUGAGUUUCCUAGUCGUGGAAAUUUCUAUGGACUUCCAGCAACCGUCCAGAAGAUGAUAUUCGAACACAAAGGAAUCAAUAGUUUAUAUGAAUGGCAAAAUGAGUGUCUCAAUCUUCCGGCAAUCAGAAAACGAAAGAAUCUCCUCUAUGCCCUGCCCACGAGUGGUGGCAAAACUCUGGUGGCUGAAAUUCUCAUGUUGCGGGAGAUAAUUUGCCGUGAAAAACAUGUCCUCUUCAUUCUUCCCUACGUUUCGAUUGUCCAAGAAAAAGUCAGUGCCAUGGCUCCAUUUGCCCUAAGUUUAAAUUUCAUAGUGGAGGAAUACACAGCGGGAAAAGGCAGAUGUCCACCGCCUCCGCGAAAGAAACGCAGAUGCAUCUUUAUUGGCUCGAUAGAGAAAGGCGCGGUUCUCUUUGAUAGUCUUAUCGAAGCUGGCAGAGCCAAUGAAAUAGGACUUGUUGUGGUCGAUGAGUUGCAUUUGAUUGGAGAAAAAGGUCGAGGAGCAACAUUAGAAGCUUUUUUGACCAAAGUUAUGUACAUCAAUGCGAGUAUUCAAAUUGUUGGAAUGAGUGCAACAAUUGGUAACCUCCCUGAACUUUCUGAUUUCCUUGAUGCAGACGUUUAUACAAGAGGCUUUCGACCUGUGGAGUUAAAGGAAUACAUCAAGUGUGGAAGUGAUAUUCUAGAAAUAAACACAGCUGGUUCCUGUUUGGAAGAGAUUUUCGUAUUCAAGAGGACGGUGAAUUUUAAAUAUAGUGCCCAAGUUGCCAAAUCCGAUCCGGAUCACUUGGGCGGCUUGGUGUCGGAAGUUGCUCCCAAAGAUUCCUGCUUGAUAUUUUGUUCAUCUCGAAAAAAUUGUGAAAAUGUAGCCGUGCUUUUGAGUCGAAUUUUGCCAAAGUCAAAAUUUGUUGAACACCGAAAGGGCGAAAAAGCCGAUCUUAUGGAUGCUCUGGACAAAAUUUGUGGCAUUCUAUCGCCGAUUCUUGAAAAAACUAUACCCUACGGCAUAGCCUACCAUCACUCGGGUUUGACAAUUGAUGAAAGGCGAAUGCUAGAGACUGCCUAUCGAAUCGGGACAAUUAGUGUGAUAUGUUGUACAUCGACGUUGGCAGCUGGAGUAAAUCUACCAGCAAAACGUGUCAUCAUUCGAGCUCCAUACGUCGGGAGGGAAUUUAUGACCUUGUGCAAGUACAAACAAAUGGUUGGGCGUGCAGGACGCGCUGGAAUGGGUGAUGCUGGAGAGAGUAUUCUCAUAUGCUCGAGCAAGGACAACAUUCGCGUCGGAGAGAUGUUGUUUUCUCCAAUGGACAAGGUUAUAAGUUCACUCGAUCACAACGACGGUCUGGGAUUGCAAACACUGAUAUUGAGUUCCAUUGGUUUGGGCCUCGCAGAUUGUCUUCAGGAUUUGAUGAAUCUGAAUAAGAAUACUCUGAUGUCGGUGCAGAGUGAAUUGUCGGGGGUUUCAGUGAGAGCUUUGAUCACAUCGAUUCUACGACAGAUGUUUAAGCACAAAGUUCUGCAGCUAAAGGACUUGAAUAAAGCUGCUUCGGCUAAUAGCUCAGAUAUCCUUACAACUCAGGAAAUGCGAGAGAUUUCUAGUGCCAACUUGACAAGCAAUCCCCGUCAGCUUGUCCUAAGCAAAACAACUCGAUUUGAAUUGACAACGAUUGGAAAGGCGGCUUUCAAAGCGGGAAUUGACUAUAAAAAGACAAAUCUAAUCUACAAGGAGCUCAAAAAUGCCCAGAAGUCAAUGGUCCUCUCGAACUACUCCCACUUACUCUAUCUCGUUGUGAGUUUCAAUUCCAACGAAAUUGGAGACGAUCUAUUCGCAGUUAACCCUUCGGUUCUCUUUCGAGAGUAUACAAAACUCGACAAGAAUACGCAGUGCUUGUUUAAGGUUCUCGGGAUAACAGAAGCUCAUGCCGCUAAAAUGGCAAAAACCAUGUCAACCAAAGGCCAAAUGGAAUUGCAAUUGAGUCGAUUGUAUAAAGUGUUGAUUUUGUUGGACGUCUUGAAUGUUAUGCCUCUGCAUUUGGUCGCGAGUAAGUUCUGUGUAGAACGUGGUAUGUUGCAGACGCUGGUUAAUCAGUCUGUAGCUGCGGCAAGUGCACUUGUGAGGCUUUGUGAACAAGUUGACGAAUUCUGGUGCUAUAAACCGUUGUUUGAGAAAAUAAGUGGCAAAAUGGAUAGAUGCGGGACAUUGGAAUUGGAACCACUGUUGGAUCUUCCUUCUGUUAAAAUUAACAGAGCAAAGCAAUUUUAUUCCGCUGGAUUUAAGACGGUUGAGGACAUUGCCAAAUGCAAACCUAUGCAACUUGCUAAAAAGAUUGAGCAUUUAAGUUUCAAAGCAGCAAAAGAAAUCAUUUCAGCUGCAAAGUUAAUAUUGAUGAAGAAAUUGGAUAGUUUACAAGAAGAAACCGAUGCUAUUCUAAGCUGCUUCAAAAAUGAAAAUGAUUCUGCACCGCAAGUGACUUAAAUUAUUUUUCUUUAUUUAUUAGUGAACCUUUUUUAAGUUUUUUAAUAGUACUCUAGUUAGUUUUUAUAUCGA